AUGUGUAUACCAGUAUGCCUCGCUACUAUUCCGACAUUCUCUCUGCAGAAUGUGAGCAGCCAUUGCACUCUGCCUCAUGAAAUCAAAGCCGGUCUCCCGAAACCUGAAACCCCGGACCCACAAAACAGAUUGAAUUCAUCAAGCAUGACAGCAAAUUUGCAGGAAUCUUUUGACAAAGCCGUCGAGCUUGCUAGUUCCCCCGAAGGUGGAAAAUGGCCAAUGAGCAAUGAACAGAAGUUGACAAUGUAUGGAUGCUACAAACAAAUCAAUGUGGGAGACUGUACAGGAAGCCGACCUUCCAUGUUCAAUCCAGUUGCACAAAAGAAAUUUGACGCCUGGAAUGCCAUCAAGGGAACGAGUAAAGACGAAGCCAUGAUGAAAUACGUUGCCAUCGUUGAAACGUUUGCUCCAGAUGAAUUGUAA